GGGUGGGCGCUCGGCCGCGCCACGCGGACGGCCGCGCUCGCAGGGCUGGGCCGUGAGAACGCGCGGGGCGCGCCGGGGCCGCUGCUCUCCCACGGCCAGGGCACCGGGGCAGCGGACAACACCAAUCCGGCUCAGCGCCCUGGCCUCGAGAGCAGCGGCUGAACGAGCCGGAGCUACAAAGAGACGGCUGGAACUGAGAGCCGGCGAGGGCUGGAGGCCGCGCCCAGGCUGGCAAGCAGCUUGGCCCUUUGGGCUACUGCGUGGAGGUCCCACAAUCACAGGUGUCCUUGAGUUGAAAGUGGCUCUGACAGUGUGUAUGUAAGAACUCUGCUCCCUGGGAGAUCCGGUGAAGGCCACCAGCACCAUGUUCUGCACCAAGCUCAAGGACCUCAAGAUCACCGGCGAGUGCCCUUUCUCCUUACUGGCACCUGGUCAGGUGCCCAAAGAGCCAGCCAACGAGGGGGCAGGAAGCUCGGAGAGCUGCAAAGCCACUGUGCCCGUCUGUCAGAACAUUCCUGAGAAGCAUGCUCAAGGAGGCCUUCCCCAGAGAAAGACCAGUCGCAGCCGAGUCUACCUUCACACCUUGGCAGAGAGCAUUUGUAAACUCAUCUUCCCCGAGUUUGAACGAUUGAACCUUGCCCUCCAGCGAACAUUGGCAAAGCAUAAAAUAAAAGAGAUCAGGAAAUCUUCGGAAAGAGACGACUUUGAAAAAAUCAUUGCUAAUCAAGCAACUGCGGCAGGCUUGCCCGUGGAGGUCAUCAGAGAGUCCCUGGGGGAAGAGCAUUUUAAGAUCUGCUAUGAGGAAGAUGAACACAUCCUUGGUGUGGUGGGAGGCACCCUGAAAGAUUUCCUCAACAGUUUCAGUACCCUGCUGAAGCAGAGCAGCCAUUGCCCAGAAGCCGAAAAGAGGGGCGGUCCGGAGGAUGCUUCCAUCCUGUGCCUGGAUAAAGACCCCGACUUCCUUGAUGUCUACUAUUUCUUCCCCAAGAAAACCACGGCUCUCAUCCUCCCUGGUAUCAUUAAGGCAGCCGCUCACAUCCUGUACGAAAGCCAAGUGGAGGUGGCGUUACUGCCGCCCUCUUUCCGAAACGAUUGCACCGAGUUUGUUAAUCAACCCUAUCUACUGUAUUCUGUCCACGUGAAGAGCACGAGGCCGUCCCUGUCCCCGGGCAAGCCUCAGUCCUCCCUGGUCAUCCCAGCGUCACUCUUCUGUAAGACAUUUCCAUUUCAUUUCAUGUUUGACAAAGAGAUGGUCAUCCUGCAGUUCGGCAAUGGCAUCCGAAGGCUCAUGAACAGGAGGGACUUCCAAGGAAAGCCUCAUUUUGACGAGUAUUUUGAAGUCCUGACUCCAAAAAUCAACCAAACAUUCAGUGGGAUCAUGACCAUGUUGAAUAUGCAGUUCAUCGUACGUGUGAGGCGGUGGGACAAUUCUGUGAAGAAAUCCUCCCGGAUUAUGGACCUCAAAGGCCAAAUGAUCUACAUCGUGGAAUCCAGUGCUAUCUUGUUCUUGGGGUCACCGUGCGUGGAUAGACUGGAAGAUUUCACGGGACGCGGGCUCUACCUGUCGGACAUCCCGAUUCACAACGCACUGAGGGAUGUGGUCUUGAUAGGGGAACAAGCCCGAGCCCAGGAUGGCCUGAAGAAGAGGCUGGGCAAGCUGAAGGCCACCCUGGAGCAAGCCCACCAGGCUCUGGAGGAGGAGAAGAAGAAGACCGUGGAUCUCCUGUGCUCCAUCUUUCCCUCCGAGGUGGCUCAGCAGCUGUGGCAAGGGCAGGUGGUGCCGGCCAAGAAGUUCGGCAACGUCACUCUGCUGUUCUCAGACAUUGUGGGGUUCACGGCCAUCUGCUCCCAGUGCUCGCCACUGCAGGUCAUCACCAUGCUUAAUGCUCUCUACACGCGCUUUGACCGGCAGUGUGGAGAGCUGGACGUCUACAAGGUGGAGACCAUCGGGGAUGCCUACUGUGUGGCCGGUGGGUUACACAGAGAGAGUGACACCCAUGCUGUGCAGAUCGCACUCAUGGCCUUGAAGAUGAUGGAACUUUCUGACGAGGUCAUGUCCCCUCAUGGAGAACCGAUCAAGAUGAGAAUCGGUCUGCAUUCUGGGUCCGUUUUUGCGGGAGUUGUUGGAGUUAAAAUGCCCCGUUACUGCCUUUUUGGAAACGAUGUCACUCUGGCUAACAAGUUUGAGUCCUGCAGUGUGCCAAGGAAAAUCAAUGUCAGCCCAACUACUUACAGAUUGCUCAAAGAUUGCCCUGGUUUUGUGUUUACGCCUCGAUCAAGAGAAGAACUUCCACCCAACUUUCCCAGUGACAUUCCUGGAAUCUGUUACUUUCUGGAUGCCUAUGAACAAGGAUCGAAUUCAAAACUAUGUUUCCAAAAGAAAGAUUUGGAUGAUGGCAACGCCAACUUCCUAGGCAAAGCCUCAGGAAUUGAUUAGUGCACCGUUCUGUUAUGGAAUAGCAUUUGUCCUUAGAGGCUGUGCAGUGCCUCUGAAUGCACUUUUGGAUUGUAGGAAGCUAGCAAGCAGUAUUGAGAUUUCAGGAGCUACGUCACGAUAUGAUCUUUCUCCCGUUUAACAUGACCAAAAACUAUGAUGUUAUUCCUUUGAUUCAUCCGUUUU